CAACAUGCAUGCACAGACUUUUCGAUUCUUCAAAAUCAGCCCUCUAGAAAAAGUACAAAAUCAUCUUCUUCUUCUUUAAACUCCUUGAAAUUUGAAAGGCCUCUUCUUUCCUUUCUCUUGGGAAACAACACAACCAUUCAAUGCACACCAUAUCUUUAUAACUACCCUUCAAUAUCCAACUACUUUGAACUCCCAUGAGUUAUUAUUGCAUUCAUAGACAUGGGGGAGCUAUAUUCAGAGCACUUCACAAAGAAAACCAGUAGUCAAAGAUCAGUGAAAUGGAUUACUCACUACAACAGCACUCAAAGAAUUCUCCUUGUUGGGGAAGGUGACUUUUCAUUCUCUGCAUGUUUGGCCAAUGCCUUUGGCUCUGCCAAGAACAUGGUUGCCACUUCUCUAGAUUCAAAAGCUACAUUGUAUUGGAAGCAGUGGAGUUCAGAAGCUCAUCUCCAGGACUUGAAGGAGUUACGGUGUGUAAUUCUAUAUAAGAUUGAUGUGAAAAACAUGCAUGAACAUAAAGUUUUAAAGAACAUGAAGUUUGAUAGGAUCAUCUUCAACUUCCCACAUGCAGGGCAUGAUCCUUUACUUAAAGAAAGUGACAAGAAGCUUAUCAUGAAGCACAGGAAACUACUUGAAAAUUUCUUUAUGAGUUCAAGCAAGAUGCUGAGUGAAGAAGGAGAAGUGCAUGUGACACAUAGGAAUGAUUAUCCAUAUCGCAAAUGGAAGCUUGAGAAGCUUGCAAAGAAGGCAGGGUUUGUUUUGGUGGAGAUGGUGGAAUUCAUGAAGGAGAAGUAUCCAGGGUAUCAUAACAAGAGAGGUGGUAGCAUUAAGAGCAACAAGAAAUUCCCUUUGAAAGAGUGCUUUACUUUCAAGUUUUCAUUGGAAAAAUCUUUAGAAGAAGAUGAUGGUUUGAUUAUGAAAAUGUCAUCUUUGCUUCUUUGAAUGGAAUAUAAAAGCUUCUUUUGCUUUUGUGUUUGCUGUUUGUAGUUCUGAU